AUGACCUGGACGGACGAACAUAAUGAAGUACUAAUUCGUGAAAUGUUUUUAUUUCAACCAUGGAACUAUAAAAAAGGAUCGCAGCAACGGGGCCAUGCUUGGGAGAUGAUCAGUGAUUCACUAAAUGAUCUAAAUACUCCAAUGUUUGGUGUGACACAAAAAUCUGUUCGAGACCACUAUACUCUACUCCAGAAACAGCAGAAGAGGAGAUUGAGGGAAGAGGAAAAAGCUUCCGGAAUCUCUCCUGAGCCAUCGGAAGUAGAAAUCGCCAUAGAGGAGAUGAUUGAAUUGUUUAGGAGUAGGGAUGAUGAUGAUAAAGUAUUGGAAGAGAAACAAAAAGAAAAUUCUGUUGCAGAGGUAGGAAAGGCAGUAGAAAUGAGGCAACUGUCAAUGGAAACAUUGGCUGAAAGCAGAAAAAGAAAGUCUGAAAGUAAAGAUGGUGAGAAAUCUAAAAGAAGAGUGUCGACUACUGGUAGUGAAACAAUUGCCUAUUUGCAAAAGAAGUCGGAUGUAGAUGCCCAACUUAAGAGGGAGGAAUUGAGGUUGAGACAAAUUGAAGCUGAAGAAAGAAAGCAACAGCAAAAUAGUGUUACUUCACAGCAGGAAGCUCUUACUAAAGCCUUGACUGACAGCAUUGCUGCACAACAAAGGCAACAAGAACAACUCAUGCAUCAAAUGCAACUUCAAAAUACAGCUCUCCUGUCACUGAUGCAGAGCAUUACUAAGAAGGAGUAA